AUGGAGCAGCCGAAAAGAGAGAGCGAAGUGAAGAUUGGGGAUCAGAAUCCAAAUCCAUCAUCGGCGAGCGUCGAUCCGAAAGCCACGGGUCAGGGACCGAAAGGAGGCGAGGAUGCUAGCUCCGAGAUAGCAUUGUCCGAUGAAACUUUAUCUCAGGUUGAAAUCGAGACGAAAGGGACCGAUCCGGCAGCGGCGCAAUCGCAAGCGCAACCGCCGAUUCGAACAUCGUCUGGAUCGAAGAAAUCCGUUCACUGGAGCCCCGAAUUGGUUUCCGGAUCUCAGGAACCGGAUCAGAAAGCCGCGUCGUCUUCCCCGGCUGGAUCUAAUCCGUAUGUUGCUCGUUCUCCGGCUGAGACGUCCGAUGCUUCGUUGAAAGAAACGAUGGAGUCUGUGAAAGGAGCGCUUGGGAGAUGGGGAAGGAGAGUUGCAGAAGCAGCGAAGAAGACGGAGAGCCUCGCCGGAAACACAUGGCAGCACCUGAGAACUGCUCCGAGUUUCGCGGAUGCAGCUAUGGGAAGAAUUGCGCAGAGCACUAAGGUCCUUGCAGAAGGAGGAUACGAGAAGAUUUUCCGUCAAACCUUUGAGACAGUUCCGGAAGAAGAGCUGCUAAAUUCUUUUGCUUGUUACUUGUCAACAUCAGCUGGGCCAGUCAUGGGAGUCCUAUAUAUAUCCUCCGCCAAACUCGCUUACUGUAGUGACAAUCCUCUCUCUUAUAAAAAUGGUUCUCAAACCGAAUGGAGCUACUACAAGGUAGUGAUACCAUUGCAUCAGCUAAAAGCAGUGAAUCCAUCGACGAGCAUAGUGAAUCCCGCAGAGAAGUACAUUCAGGUGAUUUCGGUAGACAAUCAUGAAUUCUGGUUUAUGGGAUUCUUGAACUACGAAGGUGCGGUCACGGCGCUGCAAGAGUCUUUGCAAGCCGGUGGUGUACGGACAGUGUGA